AUGACUAAUCGGGUUGAGUCUGCUCAUUGGAAGUUAAAGCAAAUGUUGGGGAACAGUAAUGGUGACAUGAUCAAAUGUUGGGAGGCUAUGAAUGACAACUUAAAGUUACAACUACGCAAUAUUAGAGCUUCUUUUCAAAAGAGUUUUUAUGAAGUUGAGCACGCCCACGUAAGUCCAUUUUACAAUAAUUUACGUGGUUCAGUGUCUCGAGAUGUAUUGAGACGUAUUUUUGAAGAGUUAAAACGAGUUGAUUAUGUUGGAACUAACAAGGAAAUAUGUCGUUGUACUCUUAGAACAACCUACAGAUUACCUUGUGCUUGUGAGUUGACAGGAUAUAGAAUUGAUGGUAUACCGAUACCAAUAGAUGUUGUGCAUGUUCAUUGGAGAAAACUAAGUAUGGAAGUUAAGUUGGACGAAGACGUAGAUGAUGGAUCAGAUUUGGAUAUGAGUAGUGCAAUAGAUGAGUUAUGGAAAAGGUUUAAGUCACUGGAUGUUGUUGGGAAAAGGGCAUUAAAAAGUAGGGUUUUUGAACUUGCCUUCCCCACAAUGACUUCUAUGUGUCCACCACCUGAGAAAAUAAAAACUAAAGGGGGAGUCAAGAAGAAAGGAAAAAAACUAGUAGGGUAUGAUGUUUAUAGAGACCCUUCGUAUCAUGAGUAUGUUGAUCAAGCAUCUCAAUCUUCACAGAGGCAAUCUCAACCAUCACAGACUUCGAAGAAGUUGAAAUUAUCAAAGUCUUCACAAAAGAAAUCUCAACCAUCACAGGCUUCGAAGAAGUUGAAAUUAUCACAAUCUUCAUAG